CCCAUUAAUGCUCUUCAUCUUCAUCUUUCGUCUGAACCUGAACUCAUAAGCCCUACUUCGUUCAAUCGGCCCUACUUUCGUCUCCUGCCGCACAGAGUCACGCGUUCAAUCGGCCGCGCUCAGUGCUCGCUGCUCGUGCUCCGACACACACCCAAAUCGGCACUCGACGGCUCGUCUUCUCAAAUCAGUAGAAUCCCUCCUGCGGGCUGCUCCUCGGGUAACCCAAAUUCCUCGUACGAGCUGCUCCUCGGGCGCAGGGUCGUGUUUCAAUUGAACAAAUUCGUCAAAGCCCUAUUUCGAUUGAACCAAUUUGGUGAAUGUCAAUUGAGCCAAUUCAAGCUCUCAAUUUUCUAUCAAUUGCUCUCUUUCUUCUUUUACCUGCUUCAAUAUUAUUUAUUAGCAGUGUGGAGGCUUCAAUACUAUUCAGUUGUGCUGCUUACUUUUCGUUGCUUUGAGGCAUGCCAUACAGAUAAAGAGCUGGUGGUUAAAUCCAUUGCCAAACACGAUCAAAUUUCGAAGAAGUCAUAUGCGUCUGUUGUACGUAGUGGUGGCAGUGAUUACAAUAAAGGGGGUCUUGACAGCAGGUUCAAAUUUACAUCAUUUCGCCCAAUAAAAGAAAACCCUAAUUUAAAAGAAGAAUGGAGCCUGCCGAAGAGAGAAACAUCCUUGGUCCUUCUCCGGCUACACGCAAAGCACAUCGCCGUCUGCAGAUGCGUAUGCAGGAGUUGGCUCUCCCUAACCACCUCACGGGGAUUCAUCUCUGCACAGCUCGACCAUGCCCGGUCUGAAUCCGAUCCCCAAUUCCUUUUCCACGAUUCAGUCCCCAGUUUGGAAAGAGAGAAGGCCCCAGUAAAACCCACCCAAUCAGGCCUCGUCUGCUUUUCCCCGGACACAUUGAUUAUUGGCUCGAUCAAUGGUCUGAUCUGCUCCACUGGCAACUGGAGGUACUGCAGCUGGCCGUCCCCCAAUGACGUCUGGAUAUGGAACCCAUCCACUGGGCUCUCAAAGAAACUCCCCAUGGGCAUCCGCUUUUUCCAGCGCUUUUCCAAUAUUCAGGCCACAUUCGCCUUCUGCUGGGACGAAGAGUCUGACGUGUACAAGGUGGUUAGAAUCAUUUCGAAGAAAUGCGAACCAACUUUUGCCGAGGUCUGGUCCUCGGAUAUUAACUCCUGGGAGGAGAUUGACCUCACAUACCAUCCUUCUUUCUAUCACCCCUCAAACCCUGUGAACUUGGUCCCAACCACCGUCUGCAAUGUGUUUGUCAGGAAUUCCCCCCACUGGGCUGUCCUCGAUUAUGAUGGGAAUCCCUUUAUCAUCUCAUUUGAUGUCAAAACCAACAAGCUCAAGCUGUUCUCUUUCCCAUCUCAACUAUCUUCUGACCCGGAAGAUGUCGCUAUGCGAAUUACCACUGGGAGUGGGCAGCUUUUUGUUACCAACUGGAUGGGGGAAUUAGCGGUGCUGGAUUAUUUAUAUAUGGCCGCCGAGGAUGAGGAGACGCUGGCCCCUUUACUUUCUGAGGCACAGAGUAUGUAUUGUCCAUACCGUUUGUGGAAGAUGGAAGUGAAUGGUCGUUGGAUUUGUUCACGUCUGGUUUCUUUUGGUUUUGAUUUCCAUUAUUGCCUGAACUCCGUGGGGGGAGGGAAAUAUAUGCUGCUGCAGACGCCUUCAGAUAUAGCAUUGUACGACAUUAUGCUUCUGGAAGAGGAUAAAUUCUUUGCUGAUGAAAUGGAACGUGAUCCUAAAGAGUCGCCCCUCCCUGCACCUUUUUGGGAGCAUCAACAUCAUUUUAAUCCUUAGGGUAUUCGUACGAGGCGUUGAUUGGGGCAAGGAAUGAGAGGCGUGAUAGUUGGUUUGUUAUUGUUAAAUGCCAAGAUGAUAGUAUCCGGCUGAUUGAUGAUCAGAACCUCAAUUUGCACUUAGAACUUGACAACGGUAUUGUGUUUGGACAUCUCUUUUUAUGGUCAAGCAUCAUUUCAAGUUUUCUUUUUUCCUUCUAAUACUAAUAGUCGGGAGAAUUGGGAUGGGAACCAUAAAUUAUAAAUAAAUAGCAAGUAAAAUGGAUGGGAACCAUACAGUGUGUGUUCAUUUCUGUUAUGUUUGUGGUUGAAACUUGCUACACGCUCUUGUACCUGCCGAAAACCAUUUCUCCGUCGUUAACGACACCAUUGACUGGAAAAUCAAUAAGUACG